AUGGAUCUCAUAGGACGGUUCAGAGUGGUGCAGGCAGACGUGUAUUCUCACAGGUUUGAUGAAAACAGAACACUUUCCUCCGGAAACGCUGUUGAUGUUGAAUCUGAUGAGAAAGAAGUUACAUCUCCAGAUCCUAGAUGGCCUUACCUCAACCGGUGGUCAUCAAAUCUGGGUAUUGAUGUUUCAACACAUGCUGUGUCAGAGCUCACUCUACAGCAUCCUCUGAUUGUUACUACGGUUGAAAGGGAAUCCAGUGCUUCUCCAGUUGAAGUGGGUUCUAGUGCUUCAGAGCUUAUGCCGCCGCAUCCUCCGACCGUGAUUGAGAAUGGUGAGGAAAUCUCAACUGAUUCAACCAUAUUAGCUCCUCCUGCAAUAACUGUCAAAGAAACGGCUGAGCUCCAUCCCGCUGGUUCACCGUCCCUCUCUCAUGAACCCAAUGUUGUUGUUGAGAAAUCACCCGAUAGAGUCAUUGAUCCCGCUGCCGAGCAAGAGGAAAUGGAGCAAGAACCUGUUUUUGUUCAAUCCUUGGGAGCUUGGGCGAAACCUCUUCACUUUUCCACCUCACCCACACCUCCGGAACCUGCAACUCCGACGCUUGGUAUCUCAGAGGCCGUAAAAAGUCAAAUAGCUUCUUUUUGGCCUUCAAUCGGUGAAGUUACCACUACUGGUCGUAAGCAUAUGAAGGGGAAAGCUAUGUUUCCAGAGAAAGCUAUAUCUAAUCUUCCGGUUGUAAAAAUUCCUCCCCCGGUACUUAAAGAUGACGGAAGUCUUCGAUUUCCUUGGGCUGCCCGUAUGAAUCAGUCUUCGAGAAAUCUUUUCCGUGCUGCUGAGCCUACUUACCGUCUGGAUGGAACUCCUCAGCUGACAAUUCUUUCUAAGAAUAUCCCAGACUCGUGUUUCUCUAGAUUAGGAAUUAGUCAUAUAACUUCGGGUCUGGGAGAGCCUAUGCUUACGCAUAAACCUCGUUUAGACCCAACGACUAUGGGAGAAGCUAAGAUAUUAGUUGAGGUUGAGUUAGAUAAACCUUUUCUGAAACAGAUUGCUCUAGAUGAUAAGCAAGGCAAUAUCUAUCUAGUAGAUGUCGAGUAUACUUGGAUCCCAAGUGCUUGUGAAAGAUGUGGAGCACUUGGUCACAAGGAGAAGAGGUGUCUUCUGCCUUAUAAACCACAAGAUUCUGCUCCUGUGAAAGCUAUUGUAACAAAUGAAGAUCCCUUUGGUGGAGAUAGAUAA